CCAGAAAUAGGCAAGUGCUUUGUUGCACUCUUACCCACUGCCUUUCAUUAUUCCCAUUCAUAUCUUUUUAAUCAUUUCUUCCCCUCAUUUUCUUCAUAUAAACUACUACAACCUAUAUGCUUUGAUCCUUAUUUCUUACUGAAUUCCUGUGCAAGAAAAAAUGACCAAGAUCUUUGUAUUGCUGCUAUGUCUGCUCUUAGCUCCUUCUAGCUUUGUCAAUUGCUCUCUUGAGAAGCAAAAGAUAGGAAUAUUUGAGCUCAAGAAAGGUGACCUUUCUUUGAAGGUCACCAACUGGGGUGCAUCAAUUUUGUCCCUUGUGCUUCCUGAUAAGAAUGGAAAGCUGGGUGAUGUUGUUCUUGGAUAUGAUUCAGUUAAGGAUUAUACUAACGAUUCAACAUACUUUGGAGCUACUGUUGGCCGGGUUGCUAACAGAAUUGGAGGAGCUCAGUUUACUCUUAAUGGAAUCCAUUAUAAAUUAGUUGCUAAUGAAGGAAACAACACACUUCAUGGUGGAUCCAGAGGUUUUGGUGAUGUUCUUUGGACAGUGAAAAGGUAUCAAAGGGAAGGUCCAAGUCCCAGGAUUACCUUCAGUUACCACAGUGUUGAUGGUGAACAAGGAUUCCCUGGUGAUCUCAUAGUAACAGUGAGCUACAUUCUAACCGGGAAAAACCAAUUGGCUAUAAUCAUGAAUGGAAAAGCUCUAAACAAGCCAACUCCAGUGAAUUUGGCCAACCAUGCUUACUGGAACCUAGGAGGCCAAAACAGUGGCAAUAUUCUGAAUGAGGUGGUACAGAUCUUUGGUUCCAAAAUCACAGUUGUUGACAGCAAACUCAUUCCCACAGGCAAAUUUGCAUCUGUGAAAGGAACUGCUUAUGACUUCCUUAAGCCACACACUAUUGGAAGCAGGAUCAACCAACUAGCUGAAACCAAAGGCUAUGACAUCAAUUAUGUGCUGGAUGGUGAGAAAGGCAAAAAGAUCAAGCUAGCAGCUACAGUGCAUGAUAAGAAAUCUGGGAGAGUGUUGAAGUUGUACACAAAUGCUCCUGGUUUGCAGUUUUACACUGGUAACUAUGUUAAGGAUCUGAAGGGGAAAGGUGGAUAUGUGUACCGUGCUCAUGCAGGACUAUGCUUGGAGACUCAAGCAUUCCCUGAUUCAGUGAAUCAUCCUAAUUUCCCUUCAACAAUUGUCACCCCAGAAAAGCCUUAUAAGCAUUACAUGCUUUUUAAGUUUUCCACCAAAGCUACCUAUUAGUUUGAAGAGACAUAAUAAGAGGAGUGAGAUUUUCCCCCAUUUUUAAUGUACCACGGUAAAUCAGUGUAACAUCUGUAACUAGAUUUCAUCCAAACUUGGGGCCCAUACAAUGAAUAAUUAGAGUCCCAUGGUUAGUCUCAGAACCUUUCAAGAUGUCUUGGUUCGGAUUUGUUGCUUUUCAGUGAUAUUUUGAUUCCGUAUGACUGUUGCAGAUUUUUUUUUUUUGUUUAUAUACACGUGAAUUAUUUUUAGUAAGAAAAAUCCUUCUCUCUUA